UACUGAAGCGAUUCGUUUGCUGACCGCCUCACCGGCCCUCCUCCUGCUGUUAAGCCCAGAGGCCAGAGCUCCCGUCCCGAGGGUUUCAGAGAUCGCAUCCCUGGUCCGCGGGAUCCGAUGAGAUGCGUGGGUACUCCCGCAGUCCGAACUCGUAGCAGGCAUGGCUGAAGCGGCCGCAUCUUCGUCUUCGUCCGGAUCCUGCGCCCCGCGCCGCCUCCAUGGCGCCGGCAUCGUCAGGGACGCGCUCACGUACAAUGGCCUCGCCGCACUCCCGCCGCCUCUGCCGCCGGCGCAGGUGCAGGUUACGGCUUACGGCAGCGGCGGCGGAGGAGGAGGAGGAGGAGGAGGAGGAGGAGGGAAGAUUAGCCCCGCGGUGCUUUUCAUCAUCGUGAUUCUCGCGGUGGUUUUCUUCAUCUCCGGCCUGCUCCACCUCCUGGUGCGUGUCCUCAUGAAGAAGCAGCGCCGCCGAGGGGGCACGGCGUCAGCAGCGGCGCGGGGGUCUGGAGGGGAGGGCGGCGGGGCGGACGCUGCGUUGCAGCGGCAGCUGCAGCAGCUGUUCCACCUCCACGACUCCGGGCUGGACCAGGCCUUCAUCGACGCGCUGCCGGUCUUCGCCUACCGCGAGAUCGUCGUGGGCGGCGGCGGCGACGGGGACAAGGAGCCGUUCGACUGCGCGGUGUGCCUGUGCGAGUUCGACGCCGAGGACCGGCUCCGGUUGCUGCCGCUGUGCGGGCACGCCUUCCACCUCAAUUGCAUCGACACGUGGCUGCUCUCCAACUCGACCUGCCCGCUCUGCCGCGGGGUGCUCUUCGUCCCGGGGCUCAUGGGCGAGGACAGCCCGAUGUUCGAUUUCGAGGAGGGCCUGGAGGAAGGGCGGUUGUCCGAGGACUGUGACGACGGAUUUGGAUUGCCUGGGCUGAAGGCUUCAGGGUUGGCACAGACACCGGUGGCCGAGAAGAAGGUAUUCCCUGUGAGGUUGGGGAAGUUCAAGAAUGUCGGAACCCAUGGUGCGGUGGAAGGUGGCCAUGCCAAUGCCAAUGCCAAUGCCAAUGCUAAUCCCAGGGUGUUGACUAGGGAUGAAGGGGAGAGUAGCAGCAGCAGGUUGGAUGGAAGGAGAUGCUUCUCCAUGGGCACCUAUCAGUAUGUUCUUGGCACAUCUGAGCUCCGGGUAGCUCUCCAGCCUGGCUGUAUCAGGAAUGGCACUGGUGGUGCAAUGAGGGGAAUGCCUCCUGGUUUAAGUUCAAUCAAUGCUGAUAUUAUGGAGGGGAAGAAGAUCUGUGCACGCAACAAAGGGGAGAGUUUCUCCGUGUCAAAAAUUUGGCAAUGGUCUAAUCUUAAGGGCAAGCUACCUGCUGGUUCUGAUGAAUGUUCGGAUGCUGGGAGCCUUCCAUGGAUGAAGAAAGGAGGUGCUGUGGAUACAUCGAACUUAUGACUCUCUGUACUGGUAUAAUGUGAUAGUGGCCUUUCUUUAGUUAGUGUUGCUCACCGAAGUUCUUACCUGUAGUCAUUUUUCUUAUCUAGUUUUCAUGUGCUGAUUUUGAUUGGAGUGCCAACCUCAUCGGGGGCUUAACUUUUGGUAAUCUUGCCAUGUUAGUAUGUUGCGCCAUGUACAUUGUGAUGACUUAGAAUGAUCUGAUUCUGGUCUGCCUAAUACUUUGUGUUGGGUCUCAUGUAUCAUUUGUUCCCUCCAUCCAAAACUAUAGGUCAGUUUGGUUAUGCA